UGCCGAUUCUCAAUUGUUAGGGAACGUUAGCAACUACGGGCCAGCGGCUAACGGCUAGCCAGGGAUGUUUUUGUAGCGCUUGCCCAGACUUAAUUAGAGCGGGCAAGUAGCGAGUCGACACUGCUCGAUUAACGGAGUCCCGUAAAGAAAUAGCCUAGGUUCCUAGGUUCCACUCUUUAAUACAAGGAGAUGUCCCAUACAAACUUCAUCAUACCGCGGUUCCUUUGAUUGCCAGGGAGGCUAGCUAUCGGCUCGUAGAUUAUUGCGUCUUGCCUUCGUAUUUUCCUCUUCUUUUCCUUUGCUCUUUAGUAACAGACUCUCCGACAACACCAUUGGGAUGUUAAGUUCGUUAGCAAGGAGUCGGGCACAGGCGACCGCUCUUAGAAUACCCGUAGUAAGGAAAGCUGCAGCUCCCAAGAGUAUAUUUAUGGCGCCGGCAGCGAGACGGAGCAACAGCUCCAUUCCCAGUGGAUAUGUCGAGGAUAAGUCCAAGGGCGCCAUGCUCCGCUUCCAGGACUCCCUUCCCCGGUUACCAGUUCCGACCCUCGAAGAGACUACCUCCCGCUACCUCAAAUCUUUACAUCCCCUCCUGAGCCCCGACGAAUUAGCCGCAAGCAAAAAGGCCGUUGAUGAAUUCAUAAAACCGGGCGGUAUCGGACAAAAGUUGCAAGAGAAGCUGAUUGCGCGGCGGGAAAGGCCCGAGAUCAAGAACUGGAUUUACGAGUGGUGGAACGACGCGGCGUAUCUGAGCUACCGCGACCCCGUAGUCCCGUAUGUCAGCUAUUUCUACUCGCACCGAGACGACCGGCGGCGGCGGAACCCCGCCAAGCGCGCCGCCGCUUUGACGACCGCCGCGCUCGAGUUCAAGAAACAGGUAGAUAGCGGCUCGCUCGAACCGGAGUACAUGAAAAAGCUGCCGAUUUGCAUGGACAGCUACAAAUGGAUGUUCAAUGCCAGCAGGGUGCCCGCUAAGCCGGCGGACUACCCCGUCAAGUACGACCCCAAAGAGCACAAGCACAUCAUCGUCAUCCGAAAGAACCAGUUCUUCAAGGUCGCCCACGAGGUCGACGGUAAGCAGCUCAACACGAGUGAGCUCGAAUCGCAAUUCGCGCGCAUCUACGACCUCGCUGAGCGAGUCCCCGCCGUAGGUGCGCUUACUUCCGAGAACCGGGAUGUCUGGACGGCCGCGCGCAAGGUGCUUCUAGACGCCUCUCCCAAGAACAAGGCGGCCCUCGAAGCCAUUGAGUCCGCUUCUUUUCUCGUAUGUCUUGACGAUGCCUCCCCCGUAACUCUCGAGGAGCGUGCGCACCAGUACUGGCACGGCGAUGGCCAGAACAGAUGGUACGACAAGCCUCUGCAGUUUGUCGUCAACGACAACGGCACAUCCGGUUUCCUAGGCGAGCACAGCAUGAUGGACGGCACACCCACACACCGGCUCAACGAUUACGUCAACGACGUCAUCUUCGCCAACAAGCUGGACUUCAGCGACCCCACCGUGCGAUCCAACCUCCCGGAGCCGGUCAAAGUCAACUUCGUAGUCACCAAGGAGGUGCAGGCGGAGAUCGACCGCGCGAUCAAGGACUUCAACGAGGUGAUCGGCCAGCACGAGCUCGCCGUCCAGGCGUACCAGGCCUACGGCAAGGGCCUGAUCAAGAAGUUCAAGUGCUCGCCCGACGCGUACGUGCAGAUGGUCAUCCAGCUGGCCUACAAGAAGAUGUACGGCAAGAACCGGCCCACGUACGAGUCCGCCGCGACGCGCCGCUUCCAGCAGGGCCGCACCGAGACCUGCCGCACGGUGUCGGACGAGAGCGUCGUCUUCUGCAACGCCAUGUCGGACCCCGACGUCGAGGCCAAGGACCGCGUCGACCUGUUCCGCAAGGCCGUCAACGCGCACAUCGAGUACAUUAGUGCUGCGUCUGACGGCAAGGGUGUUGAUCGCCACCUCUUCGGUUUGAAGAAGCUGCUAGAACCCGGCGAGGAGCUGCCCGCCCUCUACAAGGACCCCGCGUACGGGUAUAGUAGCUCGUGGUACCUGUCCACGAGCCAGCUGAGCUCCGAGUUUUUCAACGGGUACGGCUGGAGCCAGGUCAUCGACGCCGGGUUCGGCAUCGCGUAUAUGAUCAACGAGAAUAGUCUUAACUUCAACAUCGUGUCUAAGGGCAUCGGAAGCCAGAAGUUGAGCUACUACAUCAACGAGGCCGCGAACGACAUCCGCGACCUGCUCCUGCCCACCCUGGAGCCGCCAAAGGCGAAGCUGUAAGGAGGGAGCAGAGGAAGAAGAGAAACAGGAUAAAAAGGGGUUUCGUUUAUGCUUUGCUCUAGACAUUCCGCUACUGCUAUUUCUCGUAGGAUUGCGGAAUGGGGAGGAUUGGGUAGAUAUUUUCUUGCUUGCAUCGUGAUCUAUCCCCGCCGGCGCAAGCCGUAUUCAUCCCCGAAUUGUUUCGGGGCUUGCCCUUUUUUGCUAGAAUUUUCUUCUAGAGCAUGAGAACCGGUGUUGGUGGAUGGAUAAAUAGCUUCCCCAGGUAUCUAGCUAAGGUAAAUUUCAACAAAGAAUAAAUAUCUUUUUGUGAAACAGGUCG